UGCUGCUACUUUGAAAAAUCGAACCGAAAGGGAAAUGUGAAUUUUCUCCGUGUGUCACUAAUUCAGUGUAAUUGUUAUCAAACGGUUCGCUAUUUCACUCGUUUUGCUCAAAGUCUGUUUCUUCGUCGACGUUUUACCGUGUAUGGUAUUUGUUUUACCGUUUUCUUCUCAAAAUAUCUUUUUCCUCAAUGAAUUAAAAUUGUGUUUUUUUUUUCAAUUGUCAUCGUUGUUCUGUCGUGAAAAGAAAACAGAAUAGAAAAGCUUGAGACAGUGUAUUAUUUAUUGUGGUGGAAAAAAGAGUGCUUGUCUUAUUUUUCGUGAUUAUUGAUUUUCAAAUUUGCUGCAGCCUCGUGUUUGUUUUGUGUUACAUUUCGUAGAAGAAGAAAAAGCGUGUAUGACAUUUGAAAAUGAACUUUAUAAAAUGUGAUUUGGUCUAUUUUCGAUGAAAUCGAAUUACCGUUAAUCGCAUUCGUUAUGAAUUGAAUGUGAAAGAAUGCUCCGUACGCCUUAAUAAUGACAGUGCUGUACCCAAUGGCCAAUGAAUCGAAAACGUUCUCACACAAAGACCUCUAGUUUCUGGAGAAAUUGCUGUGACUUUACCGAAAUACGCAUUACAAAUCGCGCAUCAUAUUUUUCAUAGUUUGAAAACGAGAGUGAAUUCAAUAGAUGAGUUUUUUUCCCACUGAUUUCUUCAGCUCGGACUAGCUCGGCUCAUUCGUGCGACUGUUGUUGUUGUUGUUUUUCUCUCCCCAUCUUCAUUUCAAUGUGUGUUUACUGGCUCGCUACAAUGCCGUACAGAAUCUUGUUUGCCGUAAUAUUAUUACACUAUUAACCUGUUUAUGGCAAUUGAAGUGCAUAACGAAUAUACGAAUUGAUGUGCAUUGCAUGUAAUAAAUUUCAACGGGACAACUGCAGUGAAAAAUAACUAACAAUUUGAGUGCACCAAAAAAAGAGUUGCGAAUAUUUUAAAUCCCAUCUUUUAUAUCCAAUGAUGAUUUCAAGUUUUUUUCUUCCACCUCUUGCACAUUUCAUUCGACAGAUGAUUGCCUGAUUUUUAUCAAUAAAUGCAAACAAACAAAAGUAAAAUCAGUGAAUAUAUCAUAAGCUACAUCAUUUUAUAUGGUGAGCAAUAGUUCGAAUCACGUUUCACAGUUCGAUAAAUUAAGAAUCAAAUGCACAUUAGAGAAAAUAAACAUUCGUAUCUCGUUUACGUUGUUAGUUCAUACUAAUAAUAAUGGUCAUUGAUAAGCAUUUUUUUUCGCAUUCGGAUGAGACCAAUUCUUGUUGCAUGAGACGUUGAACGGAAUACUGAGCAAUUUGAGUCAAAGUGGUUUGUCACAGACGUGCAUCGCAAAAAAAAAAAACACUGAGUUGUGUGCACGGUUUUUAUUUAGAAUUUGGCAUGACCAACUCAUGUUUUCAGUGAUCAAGUGAUGAUUGCAAUAACCAACACACACAAUAGCACACUGAAACAGUUUUGAGGAGAAUAUUAAAAAUAGAAAAUUCGUUCAAUGCCUGCAUUAAAUGGCAGUUUUUUGCAAAGCCUAUGCACACCAAAUAAUAAAAGAAUUCGAGCUAAAUAUGUGGAAAAACAGCGAAAAUGAUGUGUUUUUGUUGCUGAAAAACUGUAUGACAACCAUUUGAUCGCGGCUGCACGUAGUUUCAGUGAGAGUUCAAAAAGGGAACGAAUACCGAAUUAAAGGCUAGCGAUUACUCCUCCUCCGACACAAAAAUUGUGUGUGUGUGUGUUCGUGUUGUGUUGUGAGAAAAGAACAGGCAGCAUUGAAUUGAAUAUGGGACUCAGUGUUUCCGAAAAUGAUGCCAUAGAAUGUCGGACUAAGCGUAUAUCGAAAAUUUGGUGGGCAAAAUUUGCCCUAGUGUUUUUUAUCGCCCAAUCAAAUGCAGUGCAUAUUGAUUUUGACGAUGUAGAAACGUCAUGGUUGAAAAAUGUUGCCGUCGAUCUACUGCCAGCAGGUAGUGUUCGUAAUCAAACGAUGGCAUUGCUCACUGUGACUGGCCUAGCCACCAGUGACAUCGAAGAUGGGGUCCGGAUCAAAGCAACACUUUCAUCAACCAAUUGCAUGGGCAACGAAACCGAUUUGCAAAUCAUCAACGAGACACCGUCGAAGAAUAGCAUCGAUUUCAAUUCGACCGAUUUAAUCCUUUCAAUUGACCAUUUCGACUUUAAACGACAGCCAGCGGCCUAUCUCUGCAUCAAAACCAAGUACGACCAUCGGUUUCAGCACAUGGGAAUCAGAACUAAAUUUCCAAACAUAUUGAGUGUGAAUCAAUUUAAUCGAGAUCGUCGCAAUCAGCCCGUUGUGCCAACCACUGUAAGGAGUGACAAUAAAUGUCGUACGGGUGAAAUUCGAAUCGAUGGUAUGCGCAUUGAAUCGGCCGAUAAAACCAUUGAAUAUGAUGAUGAAAAUAUUCCGGAGCUAAUCACACGGACUCAUGUACGUAUACGACUAUUCGGUUGCGGCUUCACUGAUCAAACUGUCAUCGCAUUUACAAAAGAAAUGAACGACCGCAGCGGAGCCUGUCUAUUGCCCGGUUCAGGCCAAUUCAAAGUGGAAAGUUAUGGUUUACUAGAGUAUACGGCAGUUGUUGAUAUUGUUGUACCGAUUGCUGAACCAACGCCGUACUACUUUUGUGUGAAGAAUGUGGAGGAUUCAAUGGAAGAAAAGAAAAUCGAUCGGGCAUUACCAUUCAUUCAUCAAGGAGUUGAGCCAUGGCUAUCAAUUCGAGCCACUGAAUUGAUAUUACCUUUAUGGGUGGCAAUCAUUAUAAUCGUUUGUUGCUUGUGUUUUUCGGCUUUGUUCUCCGGUCUCAAUUUGGGCUUGAUGUCAUUAGACCGAACGGAACUGAAGAUUUUGCGGAAUACGGGAGAUGAAAAGGAGCGUAAAUAUGCGGCAAAAAUUCAACCAGUGCGAGACCACGGCAAUUUUCUUCUGUGCAGCAUUCUAUUGGGCAAUGUGUUGGUGAACUCUACGUUUACCAUUUUAUUGGAUGGCCUAACAUCGGGCUUAAUAGCUGUGAUAAGUUCGACACUGUUGAUUGUGGUAUUUGGGGAAAUAACGCCACAGGCAAUUUGUUCACGACAUGGCUUGGCGGUUGGCGCAAAGACUAUUGUUAUUACGAAAGCAAUUAUGGUUUUAACAUUUCCGUUGGCUUAUCCCGUAUCGAAAAUUUUGGACGUUCUACUCGGCGAAGAAAUUGGCAAUGUGUACAAUAGGGAUCGGCUCAAGGAAUUGGUUCGGGUUACAAACGAUGUGAACGAUUUAGACAAAGAUGAAGUCAAUAUUAUAUCAGGUGCAUUGGAAUUGCGAAAGAAAACGGUGCUCCAGGUGAUGACGCAUUUGGAAGACGCGUUCAUGCUGUCAAUUGAUGCGAUUCUAGACUUUGAAACGGUGUCGGAGAUUAUGAAAUCGGGCUUCUCACGAAUUCCCGUUUACGAAGGUGAACGGCAUAAUGUACAAAAAUUAUUGUUUAUCAAAGACUUGGCACUAAUCGAUCCGGAUGACAAUACACCACUGCGAACGCUGUGCGAAUUCUAUCAAAAUCCAUGCUUCUAUGUGUUUGAGGAUGUAACAUUAGAUGUGAUAUUCAAGAAAUUCAAGGGCGGCCAACAAGGUCAUAUGGCAUUUGUGCAGCGUGUCAAUAACGAAGGUGACGGAGAUCCAUACUAUGAAACUAUCGGUUUGGUCACACUGGAAGAUGUGAUUGAGGAGAUGAUUCAAGCGGAAAUUGUCGAUGAAACGGAUGUGUACACGGAUAAUCGAAACAAAAAGAAACGCAAGCUCAUGAGUCGAAAGCAUGAUUUUACCAUGUUUGCUGCCGAACGACGUGACAUUCAACGCAUUCACAUAUCACCGCAACUAACACUAGCCACCUUUCAAUAUCUCAGCACAACCAUCGACGCCUUCAAGCCGGACAGUGUGUCGGAGACGAUACUACGUCGAUUGCUGAGUCAAGACGUUGUUCAUCACAUUAAGAUAAAGGCCAAAGAGAAGAGUAAUCAAUCGUUGUUGAUCUACGAGGAAGGUAAAGCGGCCGAUUACUUUGUAUUGAUUUUAGAAGGUCGAGUUGAAGUGACUGUUGGACAGGAGCAUUUGAUGUUUGAGUGCGGCCCAUUCACAUACUUCGGAACACAAGCCUUAGUACAAGCGGUUGGCGUUGCUGAAUCACCGCAGCAACAGAUUAGGGGAUCAUUAACAUCGGUCAACUUGGAUGCCGUUAUGCAUCAAACUUUUACUCCUGAUUACUCGGUGCGAGCGGUUACCGAUGUAUUUUAUGUAGCCAUCAAGCGUACACUUUAUUUGGCCGCCAAACGAGCAACACUCAUGGAAAGAUCCAAGCGAUUCGGAAGCGAAAUGGGCAGCAACGAACCAUUCGAUUUAGAAGUUGAGAAGCUUCUGCAUUCACUUGAUGAAGAUGAGCGAAGUGUGAGCGCUCACACAGCCAAUUUGACUGCAUUGAGUCCACGUGCCAGUAAAUCAACGUCUCCAACAGCAGCUAAUGUGGAACGCACAUCAAAUGGGCCUACAUCAUUAACUGAAAAUCACGAUUCAUCGCUGGCUGUAUCGUUUGUUCCCGAAAAUCAAUCAAUUCAAUUUCAUACACCCGAAAAGGAAUCACGAGAAACCGAUGCACUUUUAGCCACACGAAGUUAAAUAAUUUGCGCUUAAAAUAAUACCUGUUAUCCUAUUGCUAUUAAGAAUGGGUAAAACCCCCCGAACCUCAUCAUCCAAUGAACCCAAAGAAAAGGCACCGCAUUGAGCUUCGCACUUAAUUUGUACAACGAAAUGCGAGACACAAGCUCAAAUGGCGAGCGUCUUGGCAUUAUGCAAAUCCACGAUAAAAUCGUAAACCAUAUAUAGUUUGUAAUAUUGGUGCCAAACAAACCUCUCCGCGGCCUCCACUCAUAUAUGCGAAUGGAAAAGGUGAUCGAUCCUUAUCCAUAGUCAAUUGUUAUAUUUAUUUAUUGUUUUUUUCUUUUGUUUAAAUUGUGCGUACUUAAUUUUCUUUAGUUUAUUAAAAGAACAAAUCAGUAUAAAUUACGAAGGUGAAACCAUACAUUUAUUGAAUCGAACAUAAUAUAUUGUUACCUAUUAUAUACAUAUUUGCAAAGUCAUGAAGAAAAGUUGUAUUUAUAGCGCAUAGAUAAGAAUCCAGUUAUAUGUAUAUUCAAAAAGGAUUCAUGAUUUAUUAUGCUAAUCUGAUUCUUUCUCCUUUUGUUUUCUCUCCUUCGUUUUGUUGAAGUGUUUUAGACUUUAAUUUUUCAACGUCUUUGUACAUAAUUUAAUGUAGAAAAGAUCUAUCUAUGAACUUUCUUAUAAAAACAACCAAAUCUAUUAUGAUUCCCCUGAUCCAAGAGACAAUGAUGAAAUGAAUAGAAUCGAUAGAGAUCCCCCUUGACAAAUAAUUAGCUGUUAAUCUAGACAUUUAGAUGACAAUUCCAAUGUUGCAUGUAAAAUGUAUGAAAGAAAAAGAAGUUAAUAUGCAUAGAAUGGAACAAAAUACACGUACAAAUUAUUCUGUCAACUCAAA